CUCCUAAUUACAAAUAUUAUAACAUUAUAGGUGACUACCAUUACUACAAAUAUUUGAAACAAAGUAAAUACACAUAUAAAAAGAAUCACUGUCGAAGGUGAAGAAUAUUUAACAUCCCAAUAUGCAGAUGAUUCGAAUUUCAAACUUAACGGAUCCCCACAUUCCUUAAACAGUACAAUGUCUAUAUUAGAUUAUUAUGUAAAUAGUUCUAAACUGUGCUUGUAUAAUAUGGAUAGGAAGUAAAACGUAUUCAAAAGAAGUCAUUCGUCACACACGAUGGAAACUAGAAUGGCGUACAACAGAAUUCAGUUUAUUAGGUAUAAACUUUCCAGUAAAUUUAGAACAGAUUGUAGAUAUAAAUAAUAAUAAACAAAUUACAGGAAAUUAAUUAAUUUAAAAAAAACAUUAAUACAACAUUUUAACAUUUUAUUUGGCAAAAUUUGGCAAAAUAAGCCCGAUAAAUUAAAACGAGAUUUCAUUAUACACGACUAUCAGAAUGGGAGCAUUAAAAUGAUAAAUAUAUUUUUAAAUGUUAUAACUGAUCUAAAAUUAACAUUUGUAAGAAGAAUUGUUAAAAACGAUACAAAAUGGAGCACAAUAUUCCAGUUAUCAACAUAUAUAUAUAUAAAGGAAUUACUAUUCUACGGCCAUAAUUUUAUUAAACGUAAAAACCAGCAAAUUGUUUAUGUUUUGGAAAGAUGUUGUACUUUGCCAUGCAGAAAUAUAAUAAAACCAAAUCAUCCAAAGCGUUAUAUGACAUAAUAGCAAGAUAUUCAAUGAACGUAAACCUUUUGUUUAUAAAAUAUAUGUGGAAAAGGGAUAUUUUUUGUAAACGAUCUGUGUGAUUAACUAGAAAAUUUCACAACAUUCGAAAUCUUCCAAAUAAUAUAUGAAGUGAAAACAAACUUCCUGGAAUACUCUUGAAUAAUAAAGGCAAUUAAAUUCUAUAUACACAAUUGAACCGAUUUAAAAAAUGACGAAUUAAAACUUAUGCUAAAACACAAAGGGAUGUAAUGACUUACAAUCGUUUGUGUACCGCUUACAAUCAAUGUUCAAUAGUAUAUCUACAGAAUGAAAAUUCAGAAACAAAACUUAAACAUAACAGCCAUCAAACCUAUUCUGCAAAAACAAAUUCAAACAGUGAAAUAUAUUCUUUAUAAAAACCUGUGAUCAUAAACAAAUCACUGAACAUUGGACACCAUGGCUAACUCUUUUCCGAUAAAACAAACAAAACUAAAACGAAAUAAAACAAUAAAAUAAAAUAAUAACAAAAAAUAAAUAACACAAACGUUCUAUACCAUAAAACGGUGUUUGGAAAUAGAUAUUACUUCUUGUCUGUUUUAUUUACCAUCAAAUUGCAUAGUGAAAAACACAAAACUUUUUUCUCUCUAUUCUUCUUUCUUUCUUUUCUUCAUUUCUCUUCUUUCUGUCCCACAGAAUGAUCUUGUUCAUGCUAUAUUAGAUGGAUUUCUUUUUAUAUAUUUUGGUUUGUCUGUAGAUGCUUUUUUUAAGGUUUUGAUUUUGUAUUUACACUUUUAAAGGUUUGCUUUUUAAUUGACCAUAUGAUAAGUAAAAAAAGGUUCAUAUACAAAUAUGUACUUGCAUUACAGUAAUUGCAUGUACAUAGUAAUUUAAAGCAAUGAUCCCAAGCCCCCAACCUUGACUUUCCUGUUGUACACAAUAACUGAUUUGAUUUUGUUUGUUGUCAUUAUUUUUGGGCAUUAUUUUCAGAACCUUUCAAACAACCUCAUGAUUCUACAAUCAUCCGCUCUGAGUGGCAAACUGACAUGGCUCCUAAUCUGUGUCCUCGCGUGUCUGCCAGGGACGAUUUCCAGAAUCAAGAACAUCAACCUCACCCCCGGACUCUCCACAUGUUACAGACGUUUCUCCAACGUGACCCUCAACAUGGUGGUUGGGAAGUUCCUCACCUGGCACUGUGAGUCCCGUGUCACCACGAGCACCAGCCUCCUCCGACUCUCGUACCCUCAGCGUCUGUAUGUGUACGGUCUCGCUCAGAGACUCUAUAGCUACGGACUAUACAGAGGCAAGAGGCAGGCCACGAGGUGUGUGAGGAAGGAAUACAGGAUGCUCACCACCCAGCAGAGAAACGAUUAUCACAGAGCCGUGAAUGGACUCAAACAGAACACGACAGUCCAACCAAAUGUGUACGACGCGCUUGCCAUGCUUCAUUCGGAGAUGCAGAUACUCAAAGCCCAUGGCGGACCGUGUUUCCUUGGCUGGCACCGAGUAUACAUACUCAUGUAUGAAAUGGCUCUUGGUGACGAGGUCCCCGGCGUCUGUCUACCAUACUGGGACAGCAGUCUGGACAAUGAGCUACAAGACCCAUCGCAAACGUAUCUCUUUAGUCCUGAACUCAUGGGUAACGGCAAUGGUCCAAUAACAACAGGACCUUUCGCGGGAUGGAGGCGUCCUUCGGAUCCAAGCAACCCAAACAGCCGCCCGGCUCCAGUAAUACGAAACGUCGGCGUUGACGGGCAGCUUUAUUCACGACAAUCUAUAGAAAUGAUAUUAUCCCGCAAUGAUCAUUCGGAAAUCGUGUCUCCCAAUGCCAAUCCUGGCUACGAUAUUGAAGUCCAGCAUGGAGGAGUUCAUUUGUUUGUUGGAGGGGACAUGGAAUCCUUACUGACGUCACCAUUUGACCCCAUCUUCUUUAUGCACCACGCGUUCGUUGACUACAUUUGGGAACUCUUCCGCACGAAGCUGAGAAACCAACUGAACAUAGACCCAUCGACAAAUUACCCUAUGGAUCAUAACAUACAGUUUCACGGACGAGACCAGAUGAUGGACAUAGCUAAUUUGACGUGCGGUGAUGGCUACAGUGACCAGUUGAUGGCGACCGUUGUGUACGAAGCGUCGCCAUCUUGUAGCUCACAGCGCCCAACAUGCAACUCCCCUUACCUAAGAUGCCAGGUAAACGUUGGACGAUGCAUACCAAUAACACUUCAAGAGGCACCGGUUAUGGUGAAUCCAGGUUCGUUGAAUCUCCGCCCUGGUUUUGUCAAUCAACUCCCCGGUUUUGUCAAUCAACGCCCCGGUGGUCAAAUAAACCCAGGCCAGAAUUGGAUGCCUCAACGAUUCCGCCGCCAAGUUCACCUUCCAGCUACCAGGUGCUCUGGGCGAGGAAGCCGAAGCGUGAAGCCCUGUCAGAACAGUUUCUGCAUCAACGGAGUCUGCGACAUCAACCAGUGGGUGUACGUGCCGGUCAAGGUGGUCACCAUCCGACCUCCGGGACUCGACAAGUAUAAAUCAUACCCCGUCAUCAACGGCGACAUCUCCACCGUCAACGACAUAUACCACCCUAGCGCUAACAGCAGGACGCAGCGGGUGAUAGAAAGCCGCUUGGGUAAAAUACCUAAAGGAUAUUCCCACUGCCAUGAGAACGGCGUGGGACAGAUUUUCGUUCAGUCACAGGGGAUGAAUUACGAAGGAUUAUACAAGGAUUUCUCCAUCAUCGAUCAGAGACUGGCCACCACCAUGUCGAUUGCUUACAUCGCCGUUAAAAAUCCUGGUCACGGUGUCUCGCAGGCUCUUCUGCGGGCAACCGAUUCCUGCGGUCGGAUUUGCCACACGUCCUGCAGGAAUCAGCGUACCGGAGCUUUCGAAGCCUGCUCUGGUGUGCUAGAACUGGACGCCCGUCCUCCGAUGAUGUACAGCAGCACCCUCGGGGACGCCAUGUUGGACAUAUGGGAUUACGGCUUGGGCACGGGGAAGGGAAAAGAGUGCCCGUCGUUCAACAAUGAUAACUUCUUCUUGACAUUUUACUGUGACUUCCCCGAGUAUCUUCCGUGGGUGGACAAGAUGACAGCGCCACCUACGCAAACUAUUGUUAGGCCAAUACCAACACCUCCGCUUGUUUUCUACCCACAACCAUGCCGAAUCAGCAAGACUUGCGUGCUUAACAUCCCUUGUUUCUCGGACAAGCAACAGUGCCGCUUUUACGGUGAAACACACCAGUGCCUUGGCGCCUGUGGACGGUACGCCGUCUGCAACUACGGCUUCUACACAGAGAAGUACUGCGCCGGUGGCAUGAUCUUUGUUGAACAAGUGAAACGGUGUUCCACCACGCCCUGCAGUAAGCGAGGCGGGGCCAGACUCGUUAAGAUACCUGCGUGGAAUUCAAUACUUUCGCCAGGGAUGGCCACCAAUUACCGGAUAGUCAGGGUCCGAGGUGGAACUGUAGUCUCUGGUAAACGCUGAGUGAGACUGCGCAAGAAUAAUGGAUGCUGGACCUGUAUUAGUUGUUUGCUGUUUUUAGGUGAUUUUUGUUUGGUUGGUUAGUUGGGGGUUGUGUUAUUGGGAUAGUUGUUUUUUGGGGGUUUUGCGGGGGGGGGG